CUUUUAAUAAUUCUUGCUUCUCACAUAACUAAUACUUUUAUUCAAUGGAGCAAUUUGAUUUAGAAAAAUUUUAUUAAGUAAUUAAGGACUAGGAUACUGUUUUUAAAAAAUUUAACGAAAACGUUAAUGAUAAACUAAAUACUAUACUUUUAAUUGGAGACACAGGUUCUGGAAAAAGUUUUGUGUUUAAUUGGGUUUGUGGAGCAAAAUUUAAAUUUGAGGACAAUGUAUUAAAAUUGACUGAGAGUUAAGAUAACAAAUUUUCUGCUUAAAGCAAUGCAAUGUAAUCAGUGACUUAUAUUCCAAAUUUUAAUAAGAUUGAUGAUCAUCUAAUAAUUGAUUUUCCAGGUUUUAAGGAUACAAAAGGAAAAUAUUCUUAAUUAUCAAUUAAAUUAAUGUUUGACGAAAUUGUAACAAAAACAAAUGUUAAAAUUGCCGUUGUUAUACCAUAAUCUACAACCAAAUUAGAGGAAAGAGGUACUCAUAUUUAAGAACUUAUUAAAUCUGCUUUCACCUCGAAAAACACAAAAUUUGAUUCAAUUGGAUUAAUAAUAAAUUCAUUUUAAGAUGAUCCUGAAAAUUAAACAUAUGAUGAAAAAAUAGUCAUUAAAAAGUUUCAAGAAUAACUAUCUUUAAAAGCAGAGUAAGAUAAGGAAAAUGCUCAUAUCUAUCAAGCACUUUCAAAACAAAUAAUCAUAAUUGAAGAUAUUUAUGAGCUGAAUUUAUCAACAGCUCUUUCGGAUGAUACAAAAAACUCUGUGAUUUCUAAACUUAAAGCAAUAUCUGCAGUUUCUUAUAAACCAGAUUAUUAAGAUGAGAAUUAAGUAGUUGGCUCAUAUAUUACUUAAGAAUUAAGAAAGUCAAUUACUUCUUAUUAAAGGUUACUAUAAAAAAAGAAGGAAGAUGCAAAAUUAAAUGGAUUGCAACAGUGUUUAGACAAUUUAAAAAGUGAAAUAAAAAAAAUGAAAGAUAUUUCAAAAGAUGAUUGUAACGGCCAAUCAGAAUGGAUUAAAAACUUAUUAUCAAAAUUAGAAUAAAGCAAAGAUAAGAAAGAAUCUUCAGAAAAGUUUCUUUCUAUAUUUCAAUACUUUUUCAAAUAUAAAGAAUCUAUAUCUGGUUAUUUAAACUUUGAAUUAUCUAAAAAGUAACUAAAAAAGAGCAUAAAGUAAUAUAUUAUUGAAUUAGAAGAAGAAUAAAAAAGACAAAAGGAAAAAAAAGAAGAGGAAGAGAAAAAAUAAGCUGAGAUUAAUGCUAAACAUGACAGAGAAUAAUAAAACCUCUAACUUAAAAUUGAAGAAUAAAAUAAUAAAUUUGAGCAUAAUUUGGAAUUAAAAAAGUUGAAAUAAUCAGAAUAAGCGGAACAAAUAAAAAUAUUAAAUAAAUCACUUGAUGAAAAAACAAAUGCCGAUGAGAAAAUCUAAUAAUCUAAAAAUUAAGAGCUUCAAAGUAUUAAAGAUGAGAAGGAGAAAGUAGAGAAAGCCUGGUCAGAGAUGAAUAAAGAACAGAAAGAAAAGGAAAUGAAGAAAAAAGACAUUAGAUCUAAAUUACAUGAAGCAGAACUAGAGCAAAAAAUGCUUAUAAAAAAAAAGGAGGAGUAUUUAGAAACGUGCAAGAAAAGUUGGUUCAACCCCUCAGAUUAUGGUACAUAAGUAAAAGAUUUCAAAGAUAAAAUUUAAGCAUAGGAAGACAUUAUAGAAAAAUCAAAAAGUGAAUUAAUUUAUGAUAAUUGAUUUUUUGACAAUAUUUCAUAUAAUUUGAACAUUGAACAUCAAUAAAACCUA